AUGAUACUAUCGAGAUUCCCCACUAAACUACCAAGACUACUACCCCAAACUUCAAAAGCUAAAACGUCUAGCUAUUUAGCACAACGGAACUUCACCACCAGUUGUCGCCACCUACAAACCCCCCUCGAACUUUAUACAAAACGGGUUGAACAAGGUAAAUUACGAGAUGAUCCAUAUCAACAUAAAAUCAUCACUUCACUAUCUCAGUUACAUGAACUGUUAAACAUAUACCAACCGCCAAAUGUCGAAAUACCCACUUAUAAAGAUUUAAAACCAAAAUUUUCCCUCGUAAAAACAUUUUCAUCAUUUUUCGGCCGCAAUGGUGGAAGUUCCAAAGUAGGAGCUUCUGAUUAUGAUUUCACCAAUGACAAUGACAACAAUGUCAAGGGGAUCUAUCUUUAUGGAGAUGUUGGAUGUGGUAAAACGAUGUUGAUGGAUUUAUUUUAUCAAACAGUUCCACCACAUUUGAAUAAAAAGCGAGUUCAUUUCCACCAGUUUAUGCAGAAUUUACAUAAACGGACACAUCAAUUGAAGAUGAAGUAUAGCACUAAGCUGAAAACAGGUGAAGAACAUGAUGAUAUUGAUGUGAUUCCCAUAUUGGCAGCGGAAAUUGCUCGUGAUUCAACUAUUUUAUGUUUUGAUGAGUUCCAAGUGACCGAUGUUGCUGACGCCAUGUUAUUGCGUCGGUUAUUAAUGAUGUUGUUGUCACCAGAAUAUGGUGUUGUUUUAUUUGCCACUAGUAAUCGUGCACCUGAUGAUUUAUAUUUGAAUGGGAUUCAACGAGUUAGCUUCAUCCCUUGUAUUCAAUUGAUUAAACAUAAAUGUCGAGUUAUUUACUUGAAUUCACCAACUGAUUAUAGAAAAGUUCCUAAACCUGUUAGUUCAGUGUAUUAUUCUCCUAAACCAGGAGUGAAAUGGGAUUCAAAAGUCAAUCGUGCCAAUUGUACCAAGCAUGUCGCUCAAUGGUAUGAAUAUUUCAAUGAUGGUAAUACCAAUUGUCAGGAUAAACUAACUGAUUAUGAUCUUGAAGUAUGGGGUAGAAGAAUCCCCAUUCCAUUGUGUUCCCCACCCAAUGUAGCCCAAUUUACAUUUUUUGAAUUAUGUGGUACUCCGAGAUCAGCCGGUGAUUAUCUCACCCUAGCUGAACUGUUUCAUUCAUUUAUAAUCACCGAUAUCCCCUAUCUCAGUAUCGAUGCUAGAAAUGAAGUACGUCGUUUUAUCACAUUUUUAGAUGCAGUUUAUGAUUCUCAUGGUCGUUUAGCGGUAACUUGUGCGGCUCCAUUCAAGGAUUUAUUUGUUGAACCAGAAGAUUUAGCUGAGGGAAACUAUCAAUUGUAUAAACGACAAAAGGAUAAAGGUAGUGAAGAAACUUUUGAAGAUGAUGAGUUGGUGACAAAACAUGGGUUUGAUAAGUCGAUUGCUAAAAAGGCCAAUAUGUUUGCUAAUGAUGAGGAAAGAUUUGCAUUUGCUCGAGCUUUGAGCAGGUUGUCACAGAUGAGUACGACUGAGUGGAUUGAGCACGGACAGGAUUAG